AUGAGUGAAAGUAAUUUGAAAGUUGUGAUGGAAACCCUUGCCCAGGAGAAAUCUGAAGUCGAAUUGCUCAACUUCUUAUUCAAAGAUAAAAGUGUGAUGAAGAUGAUUGAGAUGCUGAACAAAGGUGAUGAAGUGCUAUCUCGCGGAAUCCUGACAAGAAUCAAGUCUGACAUGGAGCUAGGCCUGGAAUUGCUGAUAUCUGAUAAGAAGAAGCUCGUAAAAAACCUAUGUUGGCAGCCAAUAUCCGAAAAUUUGAUGGAGCUGCUCAACGAGGUUUUAUUCUUCAGCAACAUCAGCAAUGAUCAUGUUCAAACUGGGGAAGGAAAUGCAGAUGUCAAUAUGCAAGCUGGGACAUCUCGUGAAAUGAUGGAACGGAAAGCUGAAAACGAGGGUUUUGAGACAGAUGUUGCAGAAGAAGAUGCUGAAGUCAGUGAACAGGAACGGGACUUUCCAGAAAAUCCUCAAGAAGAUUUGAGUUUUGGACUUCCCGAAUGCGAUAAGGGAUAUUAUCCCUAUAAAUUCAAUACCACGGAAAACCGCUCUUAUAUUGGAAGUUAUCCCCCAAUUGAUAUGUACCCAAUUGAAUCCAUGUCCUCCCAGCAAUAUGCCGAGUUUUUAGAAUGGUAUGAGCAAGUCAAAGAACUCCCCUUUGACAACCGCAAAGAACUCAUCCAUUACUGCCGUCAGGAUGUUAAAAUUCUGAUGAUGGGAUGCCUCAACUUUAUGUUUUCCUUCAUCGAAACCACAUUUCUAAAUCCCUUCCUGCAGGCUAUCACCAUAGCAGAUGCUGUGAUGAAAGCCUACAGGAAAAAUUACCUUACCCCAAAUACCCUUGCCAUUACUCCCAAAAACAAUUAUAAUUCCAAUUUCCUUCAAAUGCAGAGCAAAAUUUCUUUGAAAUGGCUUGUGUAUAUGAAGGAAACUUCCAAUCCUAACAUAAAGUAUGAGGUCAAACUGCGCGGCUCUCGAUAUAUUGCUGAUGGAUAUGAUGGGGCUUCUAACACUGUGUAUAGUUUUGAGGGCUGUUUCUUCCAUGGGCAUACAUGCUUUUUAAAUAGAGGGCAUACAUUCUCGAAGAAGCCCAAUGAUACCAUGCAGAGUCGUUAUGAAGGCACUCUAAAACGGUUGGACCACAUUCGUCAAUUGGGGUAUAAUCUUAUUUCAAUAUGGGAGUGUGAAUUCCGUCGGAUGUUAGAAUCGGACCCUGUGCUUGCGGAGAGGCUGAACAAUCACCCUGAAGUUGUAGAUUCAGGGUUUGAUUUACGAUCAGCGGUUUACGGGGGCCGAACUGAGGUCUUCCGUACAUAUUACAAAUGUCGCCCCGGGGAUAAAAUUUAUUACUAUGACUUUACGUCUCUCUACCCGUGGGCGAACAAAUAUUCGAAGUAUUUUGUCGGGCACCCCCAAAUUAUCAAAGACAUCCGAAGUCAGGAGGAUGUAUUGAAGCAUGACGGUGUGGUGAAAUGUACUAUUCUCCCACCAAAAGGCCUUUACAUCCCCUGUCUUCCCUUUAGGUGCAAUAACCGACUCUUCUUCACUCUCUGUCGAAAAUGUGCGGAAGAUCUUAAUACUGAUCGAUACCUCCAUUCAGACGAUGAAAGAUCCCUCACAGGAACAUGGUCCAUUGAUGAGGUACGUCUCGCAGUUGAUCAUGGGUACGUGAUCACAAAAUGCUUUGAAGUUUGGGCAUAUGAAACUUCUCAAUACAAUCGCGAGACGGGUGAACGUGGACUUUUUGCCGAUUACGUUGAUAAUUUUCUCAAAAUUAAACAGGAGGCUAGUGGAUGGCCCUCGGGAGUUGAAUCCGAUUCUGAUAAAGAUAAUUAUAUCCGAGAAUUCUUUGAAAAUGAGGGAAUACAGCUUGAUAAAGAAAACAUCCGUGUUAACAAAG